AUGGAGGACCAGGCAAUAUCUCCCUGCUGGUGCCCAAGUGGGCAGCAGACAUUCUUAGCUGUGGGCUGGUCUGCUAAUGAGAUCGCUCCGGAGGCAAUGACACCAAAUAUGGAAAGUGCCAGAGCCAUUACUGGGCUCUGUGAUGGGGCUCACCUGGAGCCGAAGGAGGACCUGGGUCUCCCCACCUUCGGGACAUCUGCAGGGCACUUCCCCAUGCAGCCCAUGGCUCUCGGGCAGGAGGGAACGUGCCUCGAUAUCACAGCCUUCCACGGGGUGUUUAAAAAUGUGGAAAAUGUGGCUGACAUUUUUGACUGCCUGGGCUCCCACUUCACCUGGCUGCAGGCUGUCUUCACCAAUUUCCCCGCGCUGCUCCAGUUCGUGAGUGGCAUGAAGUGUGUGGCUGGUCUCUGCCCCCGGGACUUCGAAGACUAUGGCUGUGCGUGCAGGUUCGAGAUGGAGGGGGCCCCCGUGGAUGAGGCUGACAGCUGCUGCUUCCAGCACCGAAGAUGCUACGAGGAGGCCGCUGAGAAGGACUGUCCCCAAGACCCAGCCAAGCUCAGCAUAGAUGUCAACUGUGUCAGCAAGAGCAUCACGUGUGAGUCCGGGGACCCUUGUGAGCACCUGCUGUGUACCUGCAACAAGGCUGCCAUAGAAUGCUUGGCUCGGUCCAGUAUCAACUCUUCCCUGAACCAUCUGGACACUUCAUUCUGUCUGGCUCAGCCUCCAGAGACAGCUAGCACGGAAGAGCUGACAACGCUUCCACCCAGAGUGGUUCCCACAGAGCCCACAGACACCAGUGCAAAGGUCCUUUCAGGAGAAGAAGCAGGUCGAGAUGAAAAAGGCACAGAAACCGCGACAUCCCCUCCAGGAUCUGUAGACAUCGUUGUCUCGACAAAAGGAGUAACCUUGGCCCCCGCCGGCUUGAAGUCUUUGGGCUUAGCUGCGUCAUCUAACAAAAGUGGCCUAGAGGAGACAACGGGAAAAGCCUGUGACAGGUUCACCUUCCUGCAUCCAGGAGGUGCGGAUGACACACGGGUGAUGCCUCAGUUUGCAGAGAUGCUCUUUUGUCUGACAUCCCGAUGCCCAGAAGAAUUUGAAUCUUAUGGCUGUUACUGUGGGCAAGAAGGACAAGGCGAGCCGAGGGAUGCCCUGGACAGGUGCUGUUUCUCCCACCACUGCUGCGUGGAGCAGGUGACAAGGCUGGGCUGCCUGUCCGAGAGGCUUCCUGGGUCGCUGGUGGAGUGCGUGGACGGUACAGCCAAGUGUGUGGGGCGGAGCCUGUGUGCGCAGCUGCUGUGUGCCUGUGACCAGACGGCGGCCGAGUGCAUGGCCUCUGCCGCCUUUAACCUGAGCCUCGGGUCAGCCGGCAAACGAGCGUGCCAGGGCCGCCGGCCGUCGUGCGGGGAGCACCUGCACGGAGCGCCCACCGCCGCCUCCCCCGGCUCCAGCUCCGAGGAGAACAGCGAGGAGGCCGUGCCCGACCCAGAGGGCCGGAGGAGGACCAGGAGAUUCCUGGGCAAGUGGCUUGGUGCUGUGGGGACCAGGCGACCGCAUGGCCCCAGAUAGACCCCUAUGGAGAGCCGCCCGCACACCCACAGUAGGUUCCUCUGGUUCCUGUAAGCUCCUCGGGCCUCCGUCCCUGUCCCCAUCCUCCGUCCUCUCAUCCUUCAUCCCCGUCCUCCAUCCUCCCGUCCUCAGCAAAGGCUCAGAGGGCAAAGAGCCGGGCAGCCCCGUGCACCGCGACGUGUGCCAGCUCACACGUGCACUCGGAGAAGGCAGACCAGGGGAGGCUCUAGGCCUCCUCCAGCACGCCCCGGGAGCUCAA